ACUACUACUGUCUCACUCAGGCGGGCGGAGGAUAAUCUAAUGGUAAUGCAGAAAAUUUUGUGGUGAAUCCUCAGGGAAACUCAAGAAUGGCCACCACUCUCCUCCUCAAGUGCUAUCGCCCCUUUCUCUCUCCGCCCCAUUCCCCAGUCCCCGCCCUUCUUCAGAAAAGGGUCUUCGUCCCAACGGGCGCUUGUCCCAACACUAGGACAGUUCAGUCCAAAAUCAUUCGGCUUCGUUAUUUCAGCUCAAUCAGUACUAGUAAUAGUGCUAAUCCACAGACACGGCCAGGCAUCAAUAGUGAGAAUGGGAAUAUACAGCCAGAGAAUAAUAAGCAGCUGUGGCUGUACAAUACGAUGAGUAAGCAGAAGGAGUUGUUCAAGCCCAAAUUGGCUGGAAAAGUGGGCAUGUACGUUUGUGGUGUCACCGCUUAUGAUCUUAGCCACAUUGGCCAUGCUCGCGUUUACGUCUUCUUCGAUGUUCUCUAUAGAUAUCUCAGGUACAUGGGAUAUGAAGUCAAGUAUGUGCGCAAUUUUACUGAUGUUGAUGACAAGAUUAUUGCCCGUGCAAAUCAGUUGGGGGAGGACCCAAUAAAUUUAAGCAGGCGAUAUUGUGAAGAGUUUCAUUAUGACAUGACUCACCUUCAAUGUCUUGCUCCUUCUACAGAGCCUCGUGUCUCUGAUCAUCUACCUCAAAUUAUAGAUAUGAUCAAGCAGAUCCUUGAUAAGGAUUUUGCUUAUAUGAUCGACGGUGACGUGUACUUCUCUGUAGACAAAUUCCCGGAAUAUGGACGGUUAUCUGGAAGAAAAUUGGAAGAUAAUAGAGCAGGUGAGCGUGUAGCAGUGGACUCAAGGAAGAAACACCCAGCUGAUUUUGCUCUGUGGAAAUCUGCAAAGGAGGGAGAGCCUUUUUGGGAGAGUCCCUGGGGUCCUGGAAGGCCUGGAUGGCACAUUGAAUGCAGUGCCAUGAGUGCUGCUUAUCUUGGUUAUUCAUUUGACAUACAUGGUGGAGGGAUGGAUCUUGUGUUUCCGCACCAUGAGAAUGAAAUUGCUCAAAGUUGUGCUGCAUGUGACAGGAGCAACGUGAGCUAUUGGAUGCACAAUGGAUUUGUCACUGUUGAUUCAGAAAAAAUGUCAAAAUCACUUGGAAAUUUUUUCACAAUUCGGCAGGUUUUAGAAGUUUAUCAUCCUCUGGCUUUGCGUCUUUUCUUGAUUGGAACACACUACCGAUCUCCGAUCAACUACUCAGAUGUUCAGCUUGAGACUGCAUCUGACCGUAUCUUUUACAUAUAUCAGUCAUUAUAUGAUUGUGAAAAUGUUCUGGGUGAAGAUGAUGAGGCAACUUGGAAAAAUGUUAAUCCACCAGAAACUGCAAGUUGCAUCAAUGAAUUUCAUGAUGACUUCUUGACUUCGAUGUCGGAUGAUCUUCACACUCCUGUUGUUCUGGCUGCAAUGUCGGACCCUCUGAAAACAAUCAAUGAUCUCAUUCAUACUCGCAAGGGAAAACAGAGAACACUAAAGACUAGCGAGUCCCUUGCAGCUCUGGCAGAAGCCAUUGAGGGCAUGUUUUGACUGUUUUAGGAACUUGAUGCCAACUAUGGCCAGGCUUUGCAGCAACUGAGGGAAAAGGCACUGAAGCGGGCAAAGUUGACUGAAGAUGAAGUUUUGCAGAGAAUUGAAGAAAGAACUACAGCCAGAAAAAACAAAGAAUAUGAAAAAUCAGAUGCAAUUAGGAAGGACUUGGCUGCUGUAGGUAUUGCUUUGAUGGACAGCCCAGAGGGCACUACUUGGAGACCAGCUAUACCACUAGCAUUACAAGAAAAGCUGGUUGCAGCGACUUGAAUCUUUUUUAGCCUGGGAAAGUCUACUUUAAGGCCAGAAAAGUACAGCUGGUAAUUUUGUUUAAUAAGAUUUUGUUCAAUUUUUAGGUUGUAGAUUUUUUGAAAAUUGAGCUAAAAAUUGUCUUAAGAGUAAAACUCAGGAUAUGAGAGAGAAUAGGGCAGACGAGGAAGUAGCAUGAUUACAUUUAGGUGGAACACUGGCAUGAUGAAUUUGCCUACGUGGCAUGUCUCACAUAUUUUGUGCUAGGUUAUGAUGUCUUGCACACUCAAUUAAAGGUAAUUCUAAUAAACAAAAAGAAAAAAAAGGGAAAUUGAUCAAGACCAAGAGUCUUGGAGGAUUAAGGACAAGAGGAGGACAAGGAGGAGCUUAUAGUCAGUGGAUAUCAAGAAGCUUUACAAGCUUUUACAUGAAUUUUUGCGUCUGUUGAAUUCCACUACAAAGAGGUUUAUCAAGUUUUUGUGAAUA